UAAAAAGCGUGGAGUGACGAUGAAGGGGAGAGAGCUUGUGAGUAGUUGAGGCGGUUUCGGUUCGCCUAUGAUUCGCGUGGCGUGCGAACAAGCGCUUUGCUUUCCAUUAUAUAUAGGCCCUCCGCCCUAACCGCAGACGACACGCCCCGUCGCAGCACCCAUUCGAGUCAGUAAUUGCACGCAAGCAUCGAUUUGAGUUCCAUCUUGUAUGUCUUCAUUUAGAAACAUUGCUUACGAAUUUUAGCUUCGAAUUCUGUUUUUAAAGGAGACAUGGAUCGAGAGAGCAAGAAGAGAGGGAGAGAGGAGCCGGUGGUGGUGGUGAUGGUGGCGCCGGAGAAAGAGAUGGGAAUCGUUGGAGGGACCGCGGUGGAGGCGGAGAUAAGGAGGAAGGAGGGGAAGAUGCAGGAGAUAUCGGAGUCAUCGUCGUCGGACGUGACAUUCGAGGUGGGCGAUAUCUUCGAGAUCUCCGACGUGUACCGCCCGCCGGGGCUGUUCGAGUUCCCGUGGCACAAGGAGGAGGACGGAGGACUGAUCGCGGCGGCGGCCGCGGCGGCGGAGGAGGAGGAGUCGGACGGCCGGGAUCUCCGCGACGUGUUCUUCUCGUCGCUCGUCGACGGGUGCUCUGCCGCCAUCGGCUUCCCCGGCGACCGCCUCUCGCCGCCGCUGGGGCCGAUCGCGUUCCCCGUGGAUGGCGAAGAGGGAUCCUGGCCGUCCGAUGGGGACGCCGACAGCGUGGAUUGCAUCUGGAGCACCGUGCUCCACCAGCCGCUCACCACCGUGUACCGAAAGCGCUCCAGCGCUUGACAAAACAAACAAGAGAAGGCCAUCUUCUUUUCCGCCUCUUUCCAAUUUUCUGUUUGCUUUUUUUUCUUCCUUUUUUUUUUUUUUUUGAAUCCCUCUUUAGUUAGAAUCUUAGCCGUUUAGUUGUUGUUAUAAAGUUGGUAAUAGUUGUUUAAAUUUUCAAAACAGGGGCAUUUGACUUAGACGCAGAAUCUUUUAUUUCGCAAAAGUUCAAGAAUCUUGUAGAAAAAUAUUUGGACUCUGUGACUACUUGGGAUGGUAAGUAUUUAAAAUUUUUGACA